GCAACUGUUCGAAAAUAUUUAAUUAUUAGUACUGCAGCUGCUGACAGUCGUGGAUUAGCUGGUAUUAUAAAUUUGAUUUAUUAAUGUUUAGUGAAAUUUAUUGAUUGUUUUGCCCAACAAUAUUAUUUAAUUUGGUGAAACGAGGAAAUCCUGAACGCGGUAAAAGCUCCUAAAAUCAUAUAAUACGCUGUCUAGUGUCUGACUACUAUCACGUAUGGUAAUAUGGUAAUGGGUAAUGUGGUAAAUCUAUGGCUUACCAGUUACCAAGACGCCUACCGCCGAAUGCGCUAUUCGGUCUAUUCGGCAUUCGCUAUUUAGAUUUCGGAUCGUGAUUCGUGAUUAUAACAAAUAUUUAAAACAAAACGUAUUAAACGAUCAUACAAUAUCGUAUUAUAUGUAUAAUAAUGUGUUUAUGUAUACACUAAACGGAUCACAAGAUGCUUUGUUCUGGUGCCACGUUCAGCUGUUGACUGUUGUCAAUUGUUAAUUGAGUUGGACGUUCAGCGUAGCGUUGCAUCUAAUACAACUUAGAAUCACCCAGAAGAAUAUUUUUCACCCACUCGAAACAAAACGAUAUCAUUGCAAACGCGAUCCACUUUGUCAUCGAUCAUUUUUUUUUCUACUUGUUCACUGAACUUUGAUGUAAGCUGAACGAUCAAAAUUAAACCGAAUGUGUGCGCGUAUUGUUCAGUGUUGACGCUUUUCGAUUAAUUUACCUGCUGUGGAAGGCUGAACCUUGCUGUGACACCAAUUCGCAAUGACGUUACUGGAGUUUACUGGUUGUGCGCUGACAGCUUUCGGCCCAGCGUUGUCAAUGUUCAUUGUAACCAUCAUGAAUGAUCCUGUACGAGUCAUCAUAUUGAUAGCCAGUUCGUUUUUCUGGCUGCUCAGUCUACUAUUCUCGUCAAUAGUAUGGUUUGUCUUCCCCAGCAAUCAGCAGGUCUGGUUCGGAGUGCUCGUGUCUGUAUUGGUACAAGAACUCUUCCGUUACUUUCUAUAUCUGCUGUUACGCAAAGCAGAACGUGGACUCAAACGGUUUGUGGUGCACUCGUUAGUGUCCAACAAUAAACACAUAUUGUCAUAUGUUUCCGGUUUGGGAUUUGGUGUCAUGAGCGGCCUAUUCGCUUUGAUCAACAUACUUGCUGAAGUUGGAGGACCAGGAACAAUGGGACUUCGUGGUGGAUACAGUGCAUUUUGUAUUGUAUCUUCAAUUUUCACUGCAUUCAUCAUAUUCCUACAUAUUUUUUGGGAAAUACUAUUUUUCCAUGGAUUGAACACAGACAAUAAAAGCUUUAUUUUAUAUGUCAUUAUUUCGCAUUUAAUUGUAUCAGAAAUAACAUUGCUCAAUCAAUACUAUUUUAAUACACUUGCAUUGUUUAUAGUAUUUAUAAUAACAUUGGGUUCAGGAUAUUAUGCUUUCAAGACUGCGGGUGGACAUUUGCCCAUCAUUGACAGAUUUAAAAAUCAAAAUACUACAACAGCAGCAGCUGAGAAUUAAAAAAAUGUAUUACUUUUUAUAACAAUAUAUAUUUUGUUUUCUAUAUUUAUUUAUAUUAUAUUACAUGAACCUAACGUAUUGAUUUUUGAUAAUACCUACAUCAUAAAAAUUAAGUUAUUCUAAUAUUCAUCUGAACUUUUAAUUAAUAAAUUAUUAC